AUUUGAGUCCCCAGCUCUCAGCACCAUUUCUGGAAUGUGGUUCAGAGAGGUCUGUUGCAAGGAAAAGACAUUGACUUGCUCCUAACUCAUCAUUGCCCUAGGAAUGACGGACAACAAUAGCGAUCUCCAGUCCUUGAAGGCCAGUGUGAAAUGGCGUCAUGUGGAAAAUGUGAAUAAAGACAUGUGGGAUACUUUCUGUAAACUGCUGGGUCAUCAGACUAUGAUCUUAGCAAUAAAUUCCAGCUAUGUGGAUCCCUUAGAGCAAUUUGAUACCCAGUUGAAGAAAACACAGGAAUGCUUUAAAAAUGUGUUCUCCAUGCCUGACAUAGAAAUACUAAAACAAAGGCAGAUGAGUCGAGAUGACUUAGAAGACAUCGAGCAACUCUAUCAAACUAUUUUAACCACCUUUGAGGACACACUUCUGAUCUUGAUAUCAAAAGACCUCUACAAGCUACAGCUCUUAAGGGAAAUGAUCAUGUGGAUGAACAGAGAGACCUAUUACUUGCAGGAACGAGUCCUGAACAUCAUAAGCAGAGUCUUAAAGUAUUCAAAAAGAAAAGUUAAGGGAUAUACAAGUGUCGAUGCUCCAUGUAUGGGUCAGCUGGCAGCAGAACUGGCUAUUUUAUGCAAUCAUGAAGAGCCCUCGAUUGUUGUCCAGUCUUCUUUGGCGAUAUAUCAUCUGCUCUGCAUUGUAAAAUGCCAGAAUGAGGAUUUGUGUGCGUAUCUAAUGAUGGAAUCGCGAGGACCAGAAAACUGCAAGUGUAUCAACCCUUUUGAAAAUGACUUCACGCCUAGUACCUUUCAGAAAAACAAUGCUGCUAUUGCUAUGUAUAUAGGUGAAUACUUGCCACCAUACCUGCUGAAUGACUUUGUCUUUGGUCUUCUGAAGAAACUUUGCAGCCCUCCAUUGAAGACUGCAACAAAAGCAUCAAUCUUGUUGAAACUGGUCCUAAUGGACUAUGGCACUAAAGUAACUGGGGCAGCUAAGAUUGUGGAUUAUAUUCAUAAGCAAUUGAGUAGUGAGUCACCCAACAUUCUAAAGCAUGCAUUGCUGCAGGUAGUCACCUUGUUGACUCGCUUGCCCCAGAAAGUUGUCUUUCAACUUUUGGACUAUAUGUAUCCAGUAAACAGUUUAGUGCUGGAGAUGUGGCAAGCAGUCAGUUCAGAAACAGACUCCUCACCUCUUGUGCUAAAGACAAUCCUGACGGUUCUGAAGGGGAAGCCUGGAGAAGUAGAAGGAAGCAAUACAACACGGAAGCGUUUUUCUCUUGAUGAUGCCAACAUGAUGCCUGUGACAGCAGCCCAGGCUCUGUGUACCUUGCUCCCUGUCCCGGAGUACAAGAAAGCAGCAGCCCAGUUUUUCCCCGAGCUGUUAAUUGCCCUAAUACUACAACUCCAUUAUAACAGUGAAAUGAACCUAAAAAAAAUUACAGAACAAUGCUUUGCCCAGGAGGCUUUGAGGCUCCUACUGAGAUGUUCAGGAUUGCAACAGGUGGAUAAUGCCCUUCAGAAAAAGGAUUGCUGGAACCAGUUUUCCAAUGUCAUAUUUCAUCACUAUGGAGUCUACAUCAUUGCCAAAACUCUCAGUGAGUAUAACUUCAUACAGUUCCCUGAGACCUUACAUUACCUCUACAAGCUCUCUUUGGAAGGUCCCAGGAGAACAGAGGACAGUGUCACCACAGUCAUCUUCCUCAUUGAGCUUCUGAAUAACUUUUUUAAAGAUCCGUUCCCCGAGGAAUUUUUGGCACUUUUCAGAACCUGGGUAAAUGACCCAAACCCUACAGUUUCCAAGUUAAGUCUCCAGAAGAUUGCCACUAUGUCAUCAGUUAUUAAUAAGGUAUCGAACGUCAAAGAGUUAAUAUUUUGUAUAGUGGAUUCCUUCUCCUCCAAAGACAAAACUAUCAUAAUACAGGCCAUGAAUACCCUCCGAAGUCUUCUGUCUGGGAUGGACAAAGUAACAUACUCCUCCCUGUGUGUCCUAAUUGCUUCCAGCUACUACCCCCUCAUGGACCAUGACAUCCCAAGCAUUCGAGCAAUGGCCUUUAGACAUUUUGGUGAAUUACUCAAGGAAAUGAAUCAAUAUUGGAUGUUACAGCCUGCUAUCAUCAAAGCCUUGGUGCCUUUGAUCCUGUUCUUGGAAGAUAAAGAGAUCAAAGUAGUUAAAGCAUGUAAAUAUACAUUAAACAUCUGUGCUCCACUUUUUAAGUGGAAGUCUUUACCUUUGCUCCAAGAUGAAGUUUACAAUUAUGAGAUAGUUGUGCUCAGCAUCUGCAAUUGCCUCUUCAACAAUUAUGGAAAAUACAUUUCAGAGACUAUUUAUACGACCUUAGAAUUUUUAAAGAGCUCUAGGGCUUAUCUAAGGAAAGCAGCAAUCAUUUUAGUAGGAUACCUGGCAAAACUAGGGAGUCAUUUACUUCUCAGGGGUGAAAUUGAAGUCAUGAUUAAGGAUAUGGAAAAAGUGCUCCAUGACGAAGAUCAUUCCAUCAAGCAGAUGGCUAAUUUUACCUACGUAUUAUUUAGGAAAAUAGCCAAAGAAAUUCAAGACCCUAACCUUAAACAACAUUUCCGAAGAUUAUGCAGUUUCUUCCAGUUCAAAGACAUAUCACUUCUUUAUGGUUAUAGAGGUAGAGAAGCUAUUAACUCUUUUCAUGAGCCUGAUGAAUAUGCAAUAAUACAUAGGGGAAGAGCGUAUAUAGAAAGUGGCGAGAACAUAUCAGAACAUUCCAGUGCCAAAACUUGAUAAGGACUUCCUGUCCACAAGACAAAGUCUGGUUGAGGGCCUAUUUGUUUAAAUUGAUGUUGGAAGGCUUUGCCACGCUUCAUUUGUCUGUAUCCAAGUAUACAAUUUAGGGAAAAUCCAUUGUGCAUCAGUGUUUAAUGCAAUGGCUAGAAGCUCUAUUUUUACCAGAUGUACCAAUAAAAAGAAAACAGAUGAUGGUCAUAACUAUUUUGGAUGAGGCCCUAACUCUAACUUUCAUAAAUGACACAGGUUUCAUCCCUGUAGUAUGAAUGCCUACCAUUUGAAAUCCCAGAUGCAUAAAAUAAGAGAUGUAUUAAAAUGUCCAAUGUAUUUACUAUUGUUUCCAUGAUGCAUAAAUGCAUUAUUUUCAUU